CAUCUAUCUCUCUUCAUACCACAAUCUGUAUUAUAUACUCCCCGGAAUACUUCAAGCAGAUUUUGCGAUGACUUCCGCCCCUCCUGCUGCGGCCAGUCGUUUGGCCAGCCUUGAAGAGGCCGUGUCAAGCAAGCUUGAGACCUUCGUCUUGACCAUAGCCGGCGUCUCUGACGCUAUCCACGACCGUCAGGACAGUCUCCUUCAGCUUUCUGCGCGCUGUAAAGCGAUAGAGGAAGAGUUGGACCAUCGGAGUGCGGGUUUGAGACCGGCCGCUGUCCAGCGAGCCAUCGAGGAGACGAAACAGUUCUUGAAGGAGAUAUGGGAUGGAUGUCAGAGUUGGCUGAAUAAAGGAAAGCUGAAGCGAUUGAUCAAUACGGAUGUGAUUCAUCGAGCUGUUCAGGAAUGGAACGAUAAGCUCAACGAGCGAAUGCAAGAUUUUGCCCGAAGUAUUGUGUUCGAAGUCCUGAGCCUCACGUCCAACGUGAGCGACCAGACUUCGCGGUUCUACGUACAGCUGCUCCAGCAAGGAGAGACGUUCACAGCCCUGCUCAAGUCUGUCGAACGCACUACAGAGCUCACCCAGUCUCAAAUCCGGGAGUUCAUGGACCAAGGCCAGCGGGUCCAAAUGCGUUCCCAACAAAUCUCCCCCCAAGAACGGGGGAUGCUAUACGACUCCCUGUGCUCCAUCCUCUCCAAGUCGAAGAAGAGGGAUAUCCUCCCUAUCGUGGAGAUACAAGGAGAGCUGGAGAUCGAUGAGUCCUCCCUCAGUGAGAUGCACUGGUUCGACAUGUACAGGGGGACAUGGCAGGGCCGGAUGGUCGCUGUCAAACGGCUGAGGUACCCGAACGCGAAUCAGUUGCGAUUGGCCAAAUUCAUGUAUGAAGGAUACGUUUGGCGCAUGCUGGAUCACCCCAACGUAUUACCGUUCUUUGGCAUUCACACAGGUGCCAAGCAGGAAGUUGGCCUAGUGACCGUGUGGAUGCCGCAGGGCAACGUGAUGCAGUAUAUUGCCCGCAAGCCGGUUUGUGAUAGGAAGGGUAUCAUCAGGGGUGCAGCAGAUGGACUGGCCUACUUGCAUAGAAGGAAGAUCGUCCACGGGGAUAUUCGCGGAAGCAAGAUCCUGAUUGAAGAAGUCCUCACGUCAACAGGUGUGCAGCCCCAUACCCGCCUCUCAGACUUCGGCCUCGCCGCUCCUCCCGACUCGGACCAAGAAGCCCUGUAUCAGGGCACUUCCAUAGGCCAGAUGGUCACCAUCGGGCGCUGGAUCGCGCCUGAGCGUGGCAGACCUGGCACCCUGGCCCUGCCCGUACCAGCGAGCGACGUCUUCAGUUUCGGACGGACGGUCCUGGAAGUUACCACUGGCGAGAAGCCGUUCGCGAGCGAGAAAAAUGUGUUUUACUUGAUAUUCUGUGUGGGAAGCGGACAACUCCGCCCCGAGCGACCUGAGGAAGGACUAUCGGGGAACCUCGUCACUAAUGAAGUAUGGGAACUGUUGGAGAACAUGUGCGAGGUUGACCCGCAGAGGAGGCGGAGCAUGGCGGAUGUGCAGACCAGGCUGGAGGAGCUGCUGUAGCGUCACCCUAUCGUUAUUUGGGAACUUGAAGUUAUUGUACUUGUCUUUCUCGCCGAUCUAACACUAACAAAAUUCGAGGCCCUCGGAUCUCAUUAC